ACAUGUGCUCUUUGAGAAGCUGCUGUUCUCAUGCCAUGUUUGUCCAUUUGCACUAAGUUUGACAAUUUUAUGAGAGCGGUAAGUUUCGUGACAGUUUCUGAGUAAAGGGGAGCAGCUUUAAACUAGUGAUAUUGUUACACUGUCUGCCUUCAGAAGCGAGGAAUAAAGAUAAAUCUGAAGUGGUAACCGACGUGGCUGUGUGCUGAUGACCUAGGCUGAGUGAGUGACGGAAACACACCUACUGAACCGACCAGACCAACUCCGGUAUAUCAGGAAUAGUAUUUGAUUUUAAAGGCUAGAGAAUAUUGAUGACAAGAUGAUUUCGUUUGGAUGACUUUUUUGCUAUCACCAUAUUUCCGGAGGACAUUUUGGUACAGCUGUUCACUGCACAGUGUCCUUUUCAUCGGACUUUCGUUUGCUUCUUUUAAGAACUUUAGUAUUUUUUUGUUGUAGUGUUUUCUGUCAUUGAAACUAAGGGAACAGUCUGUAUCCACAAAAUCUCUGAUUAUUUCGUAAUUAGGUGGUGUCUGUUUUGUUGUUUGUGUGCCUUCUAUUCGCCCAUCUGGCAUUGCGGACAACGUCAACAUCAGAGUUGGUCAUGGCGGCUGCGACAACAGCGCCUCCUGGGCCGUUGGCAAGACCAGCUUCCAACUCCGUGACCGACACUCACAACGGCAUAAACCAACAAACAAAAAACGCAGACGGGACUGUAAACCAUUGUUCCACCAGUGAAAAUAGGACUAAUAGUGUGAACGACGCUCGCAACUCAACAUCACAUGUGGACACUUCCACCAAAGAGGGGAUAACUCCUGCUGGCAAAGCUGAGGAGAAAGCUGUACCAAAGGUCGAUCUUAAAAUUUUCGAUAACAAGACUUUCGUCGAGGCACCGCUUCCUAAAACUAACCCAUGGACAAGAGGAAAGGCAUCUGCACCUUCACAAACGGCUGAAAAGCCAAAAGAGAGGACCGUGCCACUGGAGAACAAGGAACUCAAAGCUAACACAGAUGCUAACAAAGGGGAGGUAACUCCACCAGUGAUCAAGUCAACCCAGGCUGUUUCUGCUCAACAAACCAGACCUCCAGCUCAGCAGACCAGGCCGCCAGCUCAGCAGACCCAGGUGUUGAACGAUGAGGCUAAUUGGCCAGCACUAGGGGAACUCGCAGAGCCCCAGGUCAUUAAAAAGGGCGUGCGACCCCCAACGAGUUCGGCUGCUCCACAAACAUCUGUGCCAGCGACAUCAACGGGGUCUCCCAAACAGCAACCUGACACCAGCGCCCCCUCACAGGCUCACAGUGAUUCAGGGGGAGAUGACUCCUCCAAGGAAAACAAAGACACUGGAAGUAGUGAGGAGGGACCCAAGGCACCAAAGAAAAAAGGCAAUAAACAGAAAUGGGUUCCAUUAGAAAUCAAUCCUCCCAAGACUUCAAGGAGAGGAAGAAGAAGCCGCAGUGCUGGGCGAUUGUCGCCACAUCCUAAUAAAGACGCUCGAAAUCGACAUGAACGCUCUGAGCGGUUUGGUAAAGGGGAGAAAACUCCAGACAGUGCUGAAAUGGCUAAGGGCCCAGAUUCUGCCAACUGGCGAGAUCACAUGAAUCCAGUGAGCCCCCGCGAAGGUCGACGGACACCAUUCAGAGGCCGUGGGCGAGGCCGAGGAAGGGGGAGAGGCCGAGGGGGACGGGGUAGAGGAGGAGCAGACCAUGGCUUCCACUUCAGUGAAGACUUUCAUGCUGAUAACGGACAAGUGGGUGUUCCACCCAUGGGAGCUGUGUAUUAUACACCUAACUACAUUGACCAGGCCACUCUGCAGGAUUUCGUAAGGAAACAAGUGGAGUAUUACUUCAGUGACGAGAACCUCCAGGGGGACUUCUUCCUCAGACGACGGAUGGAUAAGGAAGGCUGGAUCCCGAUCAGUCUGAUUGCCAGCUUCCACAGGGUUCAGGCUUUAACACAGGAUGUCUCAGCCAUUGUGGAGGCUCUCAAGACAAGCGAAACUGUGACCAUGUCAGAAGACUUCACUAAAGUUCAGGCAAAAACAGAACCAGAGAAAUGGCCUCUUCUGGGCCCUCCAAUCAUCACGUCCAAUCUCCAUGCUGAUGUACCAGAGUUUGUGCCCGGCCGCCCCUUCACAGCAGCCAUUGACAUCUCCCAGUCUCCGGGAUAUGGACUGGCCAAGGAUAACAGUGAGUAUAACGAGGAGUACAUGGUAGAAGGAAGUGAAAGAGACGGUGACCUGUAUGGGGCGGAGUUUGACAGCCUAAGGUUCCACACGUCGCAUCAGCUAUCUUCCAGUGCACCAGACUUACAGGGGGAGUGGAAGGAGGUGCGACGGAAAGAGAAGAAGCCUAUCACACCUGUCAAGGACACUAGUCAGACUGAUCCCCACAUAGAGCAAGAAGAGCUGGAUUUUAUGUUUGAUGAGGAGAUGGAAAACUUGGAGGUGGGAAGAAAAAACAAUUUUACAGAUUGGUCUGACGACGAAUCGGAUUAUGAGCUACCAGAUGAGGAAAUUAACAAAAUUCUGAUUAUAACUCAAACCCCGCCUUCUCUACGCAAACACCCGCAGGGGGACAGAACUGGGGACCAUAUGCCCCGAGCCAAGAUCAGCUCUGAGCUGUCUAAAGUCAUCAAUGAUGGACUGUACUACUAUGAGCAGGACCUCUGGGAGGAUGGUGCUGAUGAAUUUAAGACUGUGCAGGUGAUAAGCAGGGAGGAAUUUGCCAACAUUUCACAGGAGCCUCAGCCCCGUGUUGUGGACCAGGUGCCUCCUCCCCCACCCCCGCCAGCCUCCUCAGAAACAGAGAAGACACAUCCCAAAGUGCCAUCUCCAGUAUGCCAGAAGAACCAGCCUGAAGUGGCACGCUCUCUGCCAGCGUAUGUUCCUGACACGCCUGGCCGACGUCAGUACGACACACCCAGGACGCCGCAUCGAAAGGACAACAAAAAGGCGCCUCGAUUUUACCCUGUGGUUAAAGACUCGACAAGGCCUCCUGAUCCUCAGACGCCAAGAAAGAGGAAAACAAAACACAGCAAUAAUCCGCCUAUUGAGGGUCAUGUGGGUUGGGUAAUGGACACAAAGGAGCAUCGGCCACGUUCCAGGAAUAGCUCUACAUCACACAGUCCUGCUGAGAGCAACCUGUCGGCCAGCUAUGGUAGCUAUGGCACCCCUCACAGCUUUCCCCAGUUCCAGCAUCCUUCCCAUGAACUGCUCAAGGACAAUGGCUUUGUCUGGCAGGUCUACCAUAAAUAUCAUGGACGAUGUCUCAAAGAGAGGAAGCGUUUGGGCGUCGGCCAGUCACAGGAGAUGAACACGCUCUUCAGAUUCUGGUCAUUCUUUCUGCGCCAACAUUACAACAAGAAGAUGUACCAGGAGUUCCGUCAGCUGGCCGUGGAGGAUGCGGAAGCAGGCUACAGGUAUGGCCUGGAGUGUCUGUUUAGGUUUUACAGCUAUGGCCUGGAGCAGAGGUUCAGGAAGGAGCUGUUCCUGGACUUCCAGACGGAGACGAUAAGAGACUAUGGUCACGGUCAGCUUUAUGGACUGGAGAAAUUCUGGGCAUUUUUGAAGUACUCACGCAGGGACACCGACAUUGACCCCAAACUGAAGGGCUGGCUCUCCAGAUUCAAGAGAUAGAAGACUUCAGACUGGAGCCAAGUGAUGAAGUCAGCCCUGACCAGACCAGGGUGGUCAGAACAGGAGCUGAGGGAGGAGCUAAAGCCAAGUCUAGCCAAUCACAUCAAAGCUCUGGUGACCAGUCACAAACAUCUAAACACAAAGAUUUCAAGCAAGUGAAGAGCACUCAUUAGAUGAUGAAGACUUGACAGGAACAGUGUUUGGAAGCCAACUGAUGCAGGUUUCAUCAGUGCCAAGGAUGCUGAUUUUACAAAACUUAAAUAAUGACAAUAUGAAAAAAAAAAUGGUUUGAUCAAUUGAUUUCUUAUCCUGUUGGCAGAAUCGUGAUGAUCACUGGAGGCUUGAAUUCCAGCCUGAGGCUGUGUUGAAGGUUGUUAUUUUACUCGAUCAGAACUGUUGAAGAUUUGAACAGAAUGAAGAGAUACCUGAUGACACCGACAAAACUGUCAGAUGAUUACAAGUGAAUAUCUGAAGGAAAUCCCUCAUUGAUCAGCAGAUAUACUGAAACUUUAUGAAGAUUUCAGAACAUUUUAAAGGUUGAUUUCAGUAAUGGUCAGAAGAUUUUACAAACAAUGAUCAAACAAUGUAUUACCUUGUAACCAUGGGUUUGUGAGCAGUGCAUAUUCUAGUUGUGAUCAGAAUUCUUUGGACUGGAUUUACUCAUUAUUUCAGGGGACAUUUAGAGACUCGGCCUACUAUAUGUAUGCUUAGUAUUGUCAGUUACCAAUAUCUCCUCCUUUUAGCUACGUUUCAUUUUAUUUUCAAAAUUUUACAUACAGUGUAUGGUUACCAUCUGUGAAAAGUUUUAGUAGAAUGUUAGGUUACCAAAUUUUACCAAUUUAGCUUGAAUUCUUAGUCAUUUUUGAUUGGAGACUUUUUAUUAGGACAGUGUUUCGACUUUUACAGCAUGUUGUGUUAUAUUAUCGAAUAAUCUCUGAUCAUGCAACAGUUGAUAUCUGUCACAUGUGGUGGGUGUCACAAAAUAUUUCAACUUGAAUUGAUCAGAUUUUAACAAACACAUGUACCAAGGGAUUCAGGCCAGUCUCCAGUCUACUAGGGUUUAAGGUCAGUCUACUAGGGUUCAAGGUCAUUCUACUAGUGUUCAAGGUCAAUUUUUGUACCCUUGGGCUAAAACCUCUUCCUGUACCCAAAAGUCAUCAUGCCCUGGUGAUUGAGGCCAAGUUAAUACUCUCGAUCCGAAAUCAACUCUGUGUAGUUAGAAGACUUACAAGAGCAUAAAAAUCAACAAUAUGCAUUUGAGAUCUUAAGAAUUUAUCUGGUCAGAGAUCAUUGUUUUUUUUUUGCUGAGGCAGAAUAUCAGCAUGUAUUCGUGUGGGUGAUAUAUACAUAGUUAAGGUGAAAUUGUGCUAUACCCUGGCCAGGACUCUGAGUGUCAACAUUGCUUUACCUGUACAUUUAUUUGGGUGAUGGGGAUAAUACAAAACUUAUAUUACUAUGUGAACAUCAGGAUAUAUUGUGUAUGCCAGUGUUAUUCUGAAUCAUACUACUUGUUGCAUUGCACAUUUCAUUUGAAUAUCACAGAAUUUGGUUAUUUAAUUUAUAGUAAAGAGCAGGCUUUUGUUUAUAUAUCACUUCAAGUGAGCUUAAUAAUCGCGGUAUAUACCCUGGACUAUAGAAAUAUAUCAGUAUGUAUUGUUAAACCAUACUAUUGUAUCAAUGCCAUAUGCAAAAUACUGUAUAUUGUGAGUUACAACAUGUGUAUUGUUAAACCUGUGCAGUUUAUCUGCUUCCUUUGAUGGUCUCGCUGUGUACAAGUAAAUGUGUAGAUGACGAGUGUGUAUGUCCCUAACACCAGUAGAUAUGUCUCCUUUUAUACCCAAUCAACCAAGUUCGAUACCGGUUCUAAGGUAUUGUUUUGUGUGGAGUUGGCCACAUUUUGUCAGCGUGUGCAUUGAUAUGAACAGAUUUCAGUUGUCUCUCUAAGUUGGUGCUCUAUGAGGAAUUGGUUAUAUCAUUCCUCUCUUAUACUGCGACAUUGUCCUUAAGCGUUGGGUCACCAUUGAGUGAAUGUAAUUUGACAUCUACAAGUACUUAAGUUUCUCACCAACCAUGCUACACAACAAACAUCCAAGAAAGUAAAUUUCUUUCGAGCUAUAGGAAUGGUGUCCAUUUGAACAGGGACCAGGAGGAAAACUAAGGUAUCUGGGUCAAGAUUGGUCUUGUGCUUGAUGCUAAGCUGUUUAAAGUAUUGGUAAGAUCAAGUUUACACAGUCUGUUUGAUACCAUUGAUGAACUUCCUGAUGUGAUCAGAAAGAAACAACCAUUUUCAGAUAUUUUCUUUGAACAUUAGGACUUAUUUUAUGUUUUUCUUGGUUUUUUUGGGUCAGUUUCAAUGAUCAUGCGAUUCUAUCUGGUAGGUUGGUCAAGAUAUUUUGGUCAGCAGUGUGAUUUAAGGUUUCUAGCUGCCAUGAUUGCCUAUUCCUGAUGGAGCUGGCAGAAUAGGAAGUGCUCCUGGUUGGCAGGAUAGUUGAGUGUUCUCCAGAUGUAAGGAAUGUGCUUUCCUAAUGAAACUGGCAGGAUAGGAAGUCUUGGUUUUGAUGAAUUGUCAUUGUUCCAAAAUGCCCAAGAUGUCCUUUCAUCUUGAAUUUAUCUUUGGAAGUGCUCGUAGUUUGCAGUGUUAACUGCCAUUAUGGGCCGGUUGUAGGGGCAGAAUGGGGCUUACAAGUUAGCUGUAUCCUGCAAAUAUAGCAGGAUGCCCAGUGAUGCCGUAAUGUUUGGAUGCUCAUGUUGUCAUAGCACAGCAGUUUGCCUCUGAAACGUCUCUGAGAUAGUUGACUGGUUGGUCAUAUCUUGUUGAAUGAUAAACAAGGCUUGGGUGAUUUGCGGGACACUGCGGGGAUGUUUGGAUGGAAUGAUCACCAAGACUUUGUAGUAGACAGAUUUUUUGGCAGGUGAUCCAAACUUGGUCCUUGACAGAUAGCAUACCGAUAUGCCAACAUUUUGGGGAAUAGUCCAAUCUGGUAUCCCUAUUUCAGUACAUGGCCUGGUAACUUCAUUAUAACAAAAGGAACAGACAGCCGUCCACACUCAGAUAACUGUACAUGUACAUGUAUGUGUGUUUAACAGAGAUAUUCACAAGUGUGUUUUACCUAGAAGACCUACUCUAUGUACGUGUUGAUGUUCAUGCAUCUGGUUGGUACUUGGGAGUGAAUAGGUUGUAGGUCAUCUGUAGCAAGAAGAUUGGAACAGUCAUCUCACUCAUGCUUCAGACAAAGAAACACUGAUUUGAUCUACAGAGGAAGUAGUAGUGCUGAUCUUGCAGAUUAAACGUUUAUCUAUGCUUGUAUAUAGCCACUUAGUACUAUUGGCUCAUUCUGUUUUCAUAACGUUCAUAUCUUACCCAGUAUACCUGUAGCUUUACUUUAGUGUGUUUAUUGUUUACUUGAUUUUCCCCAAUAUCACAGCAUUACCAUAAUAAGGAGCACUGCUGGGAUUGGUGGAUCUAUUACUUGUAUAUUAUGCUUUGCCAUUUUAUUACGAGGUCUCAAAAGAAGAAAAAAUCAAUCAACGAACUGGUGAAGGUUUUUGUAACACACUUAAUGAUUGUGCCAUUCCGAAGUUGUGCAAAACCAGGUUUGAUUCUAUUUUGUUAUUGAUUCAUUUUUAAUGUGAAUGACUUAACUAAGUCACUGUCGUAAACCAGUUGUUUCCGGUUAGACCAGCUGCUGGGCAAUCAUCACUGUAAACCUUUUUUUUUCUUUCUUUCUUUCUUUCUGCUUUUUUUUUUUUUUUUUUUGACUUUUUCUUUGCAAGACAUUUUACCUUUACGGACUGAUGGAGGAAUCUUGUCUGGCACCGUCUCGCCUUAUUUGUUCCCCCAGACACAUUGCUGGAUGUGUAAAAGAGAUGCUUGGCAUUAAUUUUAAGUUUAACCUGCUGAAAAAGUGGUUUUUCUUGUUUAUUUUAUGUCCUAUUUUUGUCUGUACAUAGAGAUAAUAUACAUGUAAGAUUGUGAUUGCACAUUAUAUGACAUUUAACAAAACCUGCUCAGGUCUAAUUUACAGAUUGUUGGCAAUUUAGGUUCAGGUGGUUCUUUAGUUUUAAUCAGCUUCAUUGAUUUAGGUGUCUUAUUGAGCAGAUAUCAUUAUUCAAACUCUUAAUUUUGUCUCAAACCUCGUAAUGUACAUCUUUUUUUAUUAGUCUGUUUUGUUGGCAUACACGCUGAAAAAUACCUGGUUGUGAGAAAAUGACAUUUAAAAAAAAAAUUGUUCUAUUGAUUAGGUCUUAAAUUGUUGAGGAAACAUUUUUUAAAGUUAGACUUUCUAUUUCUAAAACUCGCUUAUACGAAAUUACGGGCUGAUCUUUACUUCACCAUGCAAAUUCUCUAUCUAUUAAUUGUAAAUCAGCUAUUGUAAAUAAACUUCUUGUUUGUUAAAUAUU